GGUCCAAUUGCUGUAGCCCUGCCUCCGCUGUUUCCAUAAUCCCCCACUUUGUCUUUCUAUUCCCUCCUGUCUUUAAUGAAGCGGAUACCUGUAUCAAGAUGCGCCUCGCAACUGCUGGCACAACCGCUGCCACGCCGGCCCUCGUGUCCCUAUGCUACAGCGAAGACUACACGGCGAAGCAUCACACCUCAUAAUCACAGGAUACAAGCGCGUUUCCAAUCAACAGCAGCAAUCCAGCACGAUGGCGAAUUGGAAGUCGAGCUCCCAGAGGCCGCCGGAAUCGCAUCAACACCAUCUUCACGGUCCGCAUCACGAGGCCCGCGAGCUGCCUACCUAAAACCGCUUCCCCUCGAACAACUCCCAUCGCCACAUCCCAGCGCUGCCGAGCGCUCGACAAAACUCCACGCCCUUCGUAGCCGGCUUUCCCUUCCGCCCCGCUUCCCUCUGCAAGCCCUCGCCCGAACACUCGUGCAUCCCUCCGCAGACCCAAAUCCUGCUUUCAACAAUGCCUCGUUGUCAAUACUUGGACGCCAUCUGCUAGGCUACUACACCUCGGAAUGGCUUCUCUGCAACUACCCCCGCCUCCCAAUGCCCGUUGUCUUCGCUGCAGUAGAAGCGUACAUUGGCCCAAAGGCGUUAGCCACCGUUGCGGGCGAAUGGGGCAUCGAGGCAGCGGCUGAACCAGGAGGAGAGGUUGACUCGGGAUUAUUGCAAUUCAAGAGGCUAAAAUCGGGCGAUGAACUCCCAGCAGCAUUGAGACGUCAGGCGCCAUGGAAAUGGAACGUCACAACCACACACAAGAUUAUGACAACGGAUGAGUUCGGCUCCAGCAAUGCCCCGCCGAGUCCACAUGCGCUGCAAAAGACACCAGUGCCCAUGGAAGAAGCAGCACAAUCUUUCGUCCGAGCACUCAUCGGCGCGUUACACGUUCAUCUUGGAUCACCCCUCGUGAAGCGCUUCUUCCGCGACCACUUCCUCAGUCGACACCUCGACAUCAGCACACUCUUCGAUUUCCGCACCCCGACUCGUGACCUAUCACGAUUAUGUGCACGAGAAGGCUUCGAAGGCCCUGUCGCUCGUCUCGUGUCCGAAACCGGUCGCUUGAGCAGACAUCCUGUCUUCGUAGUUGGCGUAUAUAGCGGGAAAGACAAGCUCGGCGAAGGCGCAGGAAGCUCGUUAGACGAGGCGAGGACAAGAGCGGCGGCCGCGGCGCUGAAGGCGUGGUACCUCUACAAACCCGUCGAAGUCACCGUACCGAGCAGCAUGGAAGGAGAACUAGACACGAGCAAGUGGCGACCCAACUUGAUCGAUUGUGGUGAAGUCAUCGUGUAAAGAUACCAGGGGGCAACGGAAAACCACACUUUGGCGUUUUUCUUGAGGGUUCCGCAUCAGCACUGUGACUGCAUGGAGGUCAGGGGGCGUACUCUUCAUUCGUACACUUUGAAAGAAGACGUCGUUCCACCUCAUGUCAACGAGUGCAGCCGAGAAGGAAUAAGGGAAAGACAGGAGCGGGGGUACAGACUUCAUUGCAUGAGGGGGAGGCGCAUUCGGCUGUUGUGCUCGUCAGAACGAGCUGCAUGUAUUAUAUGUGACAAUCAUCUGGGUCUGGCAUUACAUUAUUACCACCUGGAUCCACGUUGUGUAGAAUAUAAGAAGAUGUUUGCAUCCACAUGACAUAACACGAUUUA